AAAGCGGGCUGCAGCACAAAAACAACGGUACAAAACAACUGGCAGCGGCAGCGGCAGCGACGUGUGAAGCAGCAGCGCAGCGCGGGUGAACGACGUGAAGACGUAAAGUGAUAUCGUAACGGAUAUUCCGGCUUUCAAAGCGAUCCAUUUGUGUACGUGUCUCGACAGCUGAAGGGGGAGGCGGAACCGGAGCCGGAGCCAGUGUCAGUGCCAGCGCCAGCGCCAGCGCCAGUACGACAUACAAAUGCUCAUUGAAAUUUACGAUUAUGCUGCAAAAUUAUUAAACAAUAUGACCGCAACAGCCGCUGAAACUACGGAAGCAACUCCAGACAGCAGGGGAGCCGGAGCCGGAGCCGGACCCGGAGCCCCCGACAUCAUUAAUAACCAAUCCGUGGGGAAUGAUGCGGACGAGUCAGACAGGAGAGCAAAGAAGCCAGAGCCAGAAUCAGAAUCAGAAUCAGAGAGCUCGAAUCCCUCACGGACCGCAAAUCUAACGGCCAAAUUGCUGCAGGCCACCACAGGCAAUAUGAGGAACCUGCUCAACCGAACCCUGUCCACCAUGGCCAGCGCCAGCGCCAAUGCCAAUCCCGCCCAGCACGUCCCCCUGCCCGCACUCCUGUUGCAGGCGGUCCUCGACGUGGACGUGACCCAGGGCCAGCGCAUCGAUCAGCCGCCGCACCAGCUCCAGCAACUCCCCGAGACGCAGCCGGCCAUCGGCCACCAGUCGCUGGCCAACGCCACAUCCAAUCCCCUGGCGGGCACCGAGCCGGCGGACAUCUACAGUGCAUUUAGCGCCCUUCCCGGCGGCAACAUAAGCGGUUUCAUCGAGUCCUCCACCACGGCUGCCAGCGCCGUGCUGAGCAGCACGCUGCCCACCCUCCCCGCCACCAGCAGCAUGGCGGCCACCUUCCAGGCCCAGACGGUGGCCACCUUCAUAGCGGCCGGCAACAAGAAUCGACCAACGACCAUCGUUGUCUAUCCAACGGUUUCACCCGAAUCGAUCGUCAUACCGAUCGUCUCGUGCAUCUUCGGCUUCCCCAUACUGGCCCUGAUCGUCAUCUGUUGCCUGCGGCGGCGGGCAAAGCUGGCCCGGGAGCGGGACAGGCGGCGCAACUACGACAUGCAGGACCAUGCCGUCAGCCUGGUCAGAUUUAGUCCAAUUCAUAGGCUUAAUUACCGAUCGUCGCGAGCUAUCAGUCUACGUCCUGAACGAAGCCUAAGCCAGGGCUUCACCUCGCUGGAGCUGGAUACCGUGCUGGAGGAGCGCUGCAGCGAUGUGGAACAGACGCAGACCGAAGUCCUCAAUCCCGAGUCGCCCAUGGACACCACUUCCUACAAGAUGUCCUUUUCCUCAAGCUAACAGUUAGCCACGAAGCAGAAGCAGCAGCAGCAACAGCCGCCGCCCACUGCGACGCUCCCAACAACGCUCGCACAUCCCCAGUCCCAGUCCCAGUCCCAUCCUCAGGCGCCGCCCCAGGCCAAGGAUCUACCCGCCUCGACGUCGUCACAGCUGUUGGUGCCACCGCAGCUGCGGAAGACGGCCAGUGUGAGGGAGUCGCACGAUUCAAUGGCCCUGGCCAAACGGCGGAGUCGCCUCCAGGACCUGCGUGCCGCAAGCACCAGCAGCGGUGGUGGGGACGAGGCAGUCGUCGCCUUUAGCAAACGUGGCUCCAAGCGGUAUCUUCGUCGCGGUGGCGCCACCGCCAGCGGCAGCAGCAGCAGCAGCGGCUCUCCACGCCGAUCAGAGGCGGCCAUGCGGAAGUCGCAGUCGCUGGACGCUGCCGAAAGUUACUCCCUGGCCAGCAUCCAGUCCCCGCUGUGGGUGACCCUCACCAAUGCCCGCACCAUCGAGGAGCUGGCCCAACAGAAGCUUUAAACGGACCCAUCCCCAGCCCCCAGCCCACCUAAGAGUCCCCGCCCUCCGGCUAUAAUACCACUUCCCAUUAGCAACAUCCACAUAGACAUCUUGUAAAUGUUUAGAGAGAAAUUCAAUGUACGAGUAGUAGAUGCAUUAAUUAAAACCAAAUAUUUCAAUCAUUAACUAAAACUACAAAAAUUUAAUGCAAUUAAAGACCAACAACACAUAGUCCAAGGAAUAAAAUUGAAUUUGGAAACUAGAUAAUUGAAUGUCAAGGAAAACAUA